ACAGCAAAGAAAACCCCAUUAAAAGCCGCAUCAAACCGAUUAAUAAGUGCCAAAGGGUCGGUCGAUGGCACAAAACAAGCAAGUUAAGUGAAGCGAUGAACAACACUUCCUUCAGCCAUUGUCUUUAGUCACUACACUUCACCGACACUCAUAAUUUCCAUCUCCCAUUUCUACUUUCUAUCGUCACCCAUUUCACAUUUCCAGAAUUUGUAUACUUUGUUUAGUUACUGCCAAAUUUGCUGUUAUAAGUCUUAACACAGAAACAAAGCUGGACACUACUCCUAGUACAAUGUCCAGUAGAUGGUGACAACACUCUAAUUUUGCUACUAGACGAAAAGCCAGCUAGCUUGGCCUGGUAACGUAUGCCUUCUCACAUAAAAUGGUAACUCCUACUCAGUUAGCCCAAACCCAAAAUACAUCUUACACAUCAAUGGCACCAAAUAAGCAAAACUGUAAGAGCAAAUUUUCUUCUAUUUUCUCUGAUGGGUUUCUCUUUGCUGGUGGAAGUAUUGUUGCUUUACUAGUGGUAUGGGCCUUUUGGUCCUUUAUGAGCACUACCCCAAACACCGAUCAAAGCUUUUUUACUCCUCCUACCAGCAAGAAAUCCACUUUGGAAACUUCGCCCGACCCAGUUUCAUCACACUUCGAUUUAAGAUAUGACCCGCCUGACCCGACUUUCUAUGACGACCCGGAUUUGGGCUACACUAUGGAGAAACCCAUUAAAAACUGGGAUGAGAAAAGAAGGCAAUGGCUGAAGCUGCAUCCCUCAUUUAUACCCGGGUCAGAAACCCGGAUUCUGAUGGUUUCCGGGUCACAAUCCACACCGUGCAAGAACCCGAUUGGCGAUCAUUUACUUUUGAGGUUCUUCAAGAACAAAGUGGACUACUGUCGAAUCCACGGGUACGAUAUUUUUUACAACAACAUUUUAUUACAACCUAAGAUGUGGUCAUUUUGGGCAAAAAUGCCCGCGGUUAAAGCAGCAAUGAUAGCUCAUCCAGAAUCCGAGUGGAUCUGGUGGGUCGAUUCGGAUGCUGCUUUCACUGAUAUGGACUUUACACUUCCAUUGGAAAGGUAUAAAGCCCAUAAUUUUGUAGUCCAUGGUUGGGAAAAAUUAAUAUAUGAGCAAAAAAGCUGGACUAGUAUCAAUGCUGGAGUUUUCUUGAUUAGGAACUGUCAAUGGUCUAUGGACUUAAUGGAAGCUUGGGCUAAGAUGGGUCCGCAAUCACCUGAGUAUGAUAAAUGGGGUGAAAUUUUACGUACCACGUUUAAAGACAAGAUUUUUCAAGAAUCAGAUGAUCAAUCGGGUUUGGCGUAUUUACUGUUGAAGGAGAAGGAAAAAUGGGGUGAUAAAAUAUACGUAGAAGAAGGAUAUUAUUUCGAAGGCUAUUGGGUGGAAAUCGUGGGGACUUUAGAUAAUAUUACAGACAAGUAUUUAGGUGUCGAGAAAGGGGAACCUAGGUUAAGGAGAAGACAUGCUGAGAGAGUUGGUGAGAGUUAUGUUAAGGUGUGGGAGGAACACCUUAAGGAUGCAGGGUAUGGAAGGUAUAGUUGGAGAAGACCGUUUAUCACACAUUUCACAGGUUGUCAGCCAUGUAGUGGGGAUCAUAAUCAGAUGUAUUCUGGUGAGACUUGCUUUGAUGCUAUGCAGAAGGCUUUGAAUUUUGCUGAUAAUCAGGUGUUAAGGAAGUAUGGGUAUAUGCAUAAGGAUUUGCUUGAUUCUUCUUCUGUUUUUCCUGUGCCUUUUAACUUUCCUGCCUAAUAGAUUUCUUUGUUAAUUUUAAGCUCUAUAUAAAUAUAAAUAUGUACUAUA